AUGACAUCCCUAUACAGAAUUAAUUAUGCGCUUCGCGCACAUAAACGAGAUCCGUUUAUAGAAUUUAUCAAGGCAAUGUUAAUGACGCCAUUUGUACUGUAUGCGAGGCCUUUAAAUGAAGAUGGGGGAAAUGAUGAUGAUUAUCAAGUAGAUGCGAACGUUGCUCGUUAUUGUGACAUUUUAUCUAGCAUCGAAACUUUGAUAGAGUCUACGCCUAUUUACAAUGUCUAUUGGUUCGCAGGCAUCCCUGAUCAGUCGCGCUUGUAUCAGUUGGUACCAUCAAUCUCGACCUUUCACACUCCAUUGCCCUUAAGGGAAUCUUUUCUAAGGGCAAAUGCCAAACAUUCUAUCGCCGCAAGAAGAUUUGUCCCUCCUAGUUUCAACGACAUUCGCAGAAUAUUGAAUACUGCACAGAUCAUUGCUAUUGCAUCCAAUUUAAAACUUAUUACUUUUGAUGGUGACAUGACAUUGUAUGAAGAUGGCGCCGAUUUUGAACAUGAUUCGGCUCUAGUGCAGCUUCUUAUUAAACUCUUAGAGUUUGACUUGUAUGUAUGUGUUGUUACGGCAGCCGGGUAUCCUGGUGAUGCAAAGCGCUAUGAAGGGAGGCUGUCUGGACUGUUAAAUGGUUUUAGAAAAGCCGAGUUACCCAAGGACGUUUGUCAGAAAUUUUUCUUGCUAGGGGGUGAAUGUAAUUAUUUAUUCCAGUGUCAGGAAGAUUAUCAUCUGAAAUAUAUACCUGAAGAACAAUAUCAACCAGAUUUCGUCAAUUCAUGGAAAGCAGAAGACAUAAAAGACUUUCUAGACAUUGCUGAAAAUAAUCUCCAGAAGUGUGUGAACGAAAUGAAAUUACCUUGUACCUUGUUGAGGAAGAGUCGCGCUGUUGGGAUAGUGACGCAUCCCGAUGAGAAAAUCUUCAGAGAGCAAUUGGAUGAACUCGUGCUUUCAACUCAACACAAGUUGCUUAUCCAAUCGCCAUCCGGAAAGAAAAAGGCACUUCCAUUUUGUGCAUUCAAUGGCGGCAGAGAUGUUUGGGUCGACGUCGGAAAUAAGUUAAUCGGCGUACAAAUGUUGCAACAGUACUUUAAUGCUUUACCAAACGAAACCCUUCAUAUUGGCGAUCAGUUUCUGUCAACUGGAAACGAUUAUGCAACGCGCAGACAAUGUUGUACUCUAUGGAUUAUCAAUCCCGAAGAGACACAGGCAGUUUUGGUAGAGUUGGAUGCAUUGCUAGAAGCGAAAUCUUGA